CCCGCCCGGACAGCAUGCUCGUCCUGCUCCUCGGGAUCCUGGCCCUGGCCGGCUGGGGGCUGCCGGCGCCCACCGAGCCGCCGCCCCACGGCAGCCAGUGCGUCGAGCACGACUGCUUCGCGCUCUUCCGGCGCCCGGAAAGCUUCGCGGAGGCCGGCCGGUCCUGCCAGAGCCGGCGCGGCCACCUGAUGACCGUGCGCUCCUCGGUGGCUGCCGACGUCAUCGCCCUGCUCCUGAGCGGAGCCGGCGGGUCCGGGCUGCGGCUCUGGGUGGGCCUUGAGCUGCCGCCCGGCUGCAGCGACCCUGCCGCGGUCGGGCCCCUGCGUGGCUUCCGCUGGGUGACCGGCGACAACCGGACGAGCUACAGCAGGUGGGCUGGCGCGGCCGACGCGGCGCCCCUGUGCGGGCCGCUGUGCGUCGCCGUCUCGGCGGGCGCUGGCGAGCCGGCCUGGGAGGCACAGCGCUGCGACGCCGCGGCCGACGGCUUCCUCUGCGAGUUCCCCUUCGCGGCGUCUUGCCGGCCGCUGGCCCUGGACGCCGUGGCCGGCGGCGCGCACGUCACCUACAGCACCCCCUUCGGGGCGCGCGGGCCAGACUUCCAGACGCUGCCCGAGGGGAGCACCGCCGCCGUGGAGCCCCUCGCGCUGCAGCUGACGUGCCGGGCCGCGCCGGGGGAGGGCGAGGCGCGCUGGGGCCGAGAGGCGCCCGGCGCCUGGGCCUGCGGCGUGGACAACGGCGGCUGUGAGCACGCGUGCACCCUGAGCGCCGGGGAGCCGCGCUGCGUGUGCGCGGCCGACACCGCGCUGCAGCCCGAUGGGCGCUCCUGCGCGGCGCGCGACGACCACGCGUGCCACCGGCUCUGCGAGCACUUCUGCGUGCUCAGCACCGACGCGCCCGGCGAGUACUCGUGCAUGUGCGAGACGGGCUACCGGCUGGCGGCCGACCAGCACCACUGUGAGGACGUGGACGACUGCCUGUCGGAGCCAAGCUUGUGUCGCCAGCGCUGCGUCAACACGCAGGGCGGCUUCGAGUGCCACUGCUUCCCCGGCUACGAAAUGCUGAACGGGGAGUGCGUGGAGUCCCAGGACCCGUGCUUCGGGAACGACUGCGAGUACCAGUGCCAGCCUGUGGGCGGGACCAACUUCCUCUGCAUCUGCGCAGAGGGCUUCGCGCCCGACCAGCAGGACCCGCGCAAGUGCCAGAUGUUCUGCAACAAGACUGCCUGCGAGGCCGACUGCGACCCCAACAACCCGGAGGUCUGUCGGUGCCCCGAAGGCUACAUCUUGGACGAGGGUUACAUGUGCACUGACAUAGAUGAGUGCGACAACGGCUACUGUUCCGGCACCUGCCGCAACCUCCCUGGCAGCUAUGAGUGCCUCUGCGGCCCAGAGACUGCCCUCGCUGGCCAGGUUGGCACCGACUGUGAUCCGGUUAAGGUGAACGAGGAUGCAGGCUCCGGAGAGCCGCCCACCAGCCCGACUCCCAGCGCCACCUCCAGGCCCUCGCCUGCGGGGCCCGUGCACUCCGGGGUGCUCAUUGGCAUCUCCAUCGCCAGCCUGUCUCUGGUGGUGGCACUGUUGGCACUCCUCUGUCACCUGCGCAAGAAGCAAGGCACUUCUCCGGCUGAGCUGGAAUACAAGUGUGGGUCCCCAGCUAAGGAAGUGGUUCUGCAACAGGUGCGAACGGAUCUUACAGCCCAGAAACUCUAAGGUGGACUGCCUCGUUGCUGGGCUUCCCAGGCCCUCUUUCCCGAACAGGCGCCCCCUAAAGCGCCCCAGCAGCCAUCAGAACCCGAGAAGCCUCUGGGCUCCUUUCACUGAGCUGCAUCUGUGCUUGGCUGAGGAGGAGGGUUGGAAGGAACGUGUGCCCUGCCUCUUACAUGAUGUCCCUGGAAACUGGGAAGAGGUGAGACUUUAAAAUGAAGAUACAGACUGCAGUGUCCCGUGCCAUCACCCUGGACACCAGAGGGAUGAAUGUGACUUGGAAGCAAGCCCUAAGGCAGACUGUGAUCCUGUGGGUGAUGCACUAGUGAGUGUAACUGAACCGUGGAUGAUAGCUGUGAUAUUUAUUUUUCAGGAAUUUACAUUUUCUCCUUUAAUUUGCGUUCCUUCCCCCACCUGUGCGCUUCCAAUGCUCACUCUGUACCCCUCUCCUCCUUCCCUCUUUCAUCUUCCUUCUUCCUUAUCUCUAUAUUUAUAUACUCCCACUAGGUAAGUGACAGUUAAAAUAUCUUGAGUAUGCCUCUUCCCCUCCCAGUCCUGCCAAGUUGUUUUUCAGUGAUGAAACAAAACCCAUUUCUGUUUCCAUCAUUUCUCCUAAUUUUUCUCUCCCAGUUUUUUCUCUCUAAUCAACCAAAUCUCUCCACCUAUGUCUGACCUCACUUCUUGUCUGUCUAAGCACCCAUGUGAAAUGGAAAUGAAAACACUAAAAUCAAGAAUGAUAGAGAAGGGGUGAUUCUCUCUUUCACUGGGUUUGCUAUUCUGAACUUUCAGAUUUUCAGAGCAAUAUCAUUGAACAAAGAUUAAGAUGCAUGUGUUAAAUUAAUGUUGUUAGAUCAUAAAAAUUAAACCCAAGGAGUUUUUAAUUUUUAGUUUUAAACAGUGAGCCUGGGUUUUGUUGUUAUUGCUGUUUUGAUUUGAACUGAAAGUUGGUAAUUGUUAUUAAGUAGAUGUGCAGUUUCCUUUUCUACUAUUAUUAUUAUGAGUUGUUAUUGAAAUUUUUGAAAAUGUUUGCAUUAUUGCUUUUAGAUUGAGAAGGAAACACCUCCUAGGAGACAAGUUUAAGACAGUGUGAACUGCAUGAAUCAUAUAGCAGUCAUUCUGACUCUCAUUGCUUGUAUAAUGCACAGGCCAAAAUAAAAUAUGCUCUACUCAUUUAGGAGGAUCUGGGAGCUUGGCAUGGAACCAGGAGGAUGCCCUGGUAGGGUCUCACCAUGAUUGAGCCUUGAGAAUUUUUUCCAUUUCAGAGAAGCAUUGCAGCCCGAGUCAUUGGAAUGUGGUGGCUGGAUAAGAAGUAGUGGUUCCCCUAAGAGGUGGCUAGAAAUACAGAAUCGGGUUCCAUGGCCCUACUUCCUUCAAGAUAGUCUAUUUUAACAAUACCUUCAGUGGGGUUGUCUCCACUGUAUAGUUGAAUAAAAUCAUCCCAGACAGUUCCUAACUUUCUGGGGUACGUUAAAUGUGGAUUAGUAAUAAGUAGCAGGCCAAAUCAGGCCCUUUGUUUUUCAAGAAACUGAGGAAUUUUAUUUUAUAGCUUUGCUUUCUGAUAGAAGAAUAGGUACACACUUUUAGACAUACAGAGUAGUUUGGUUGAACUAAGCUAGGAAUGAAAUUGUGCUUCUUGUAGAAAAAUAUGUAUCAGAUAGGAAAGUGUAUUUUUGUGAUAAAAAUGUUUUCCUCCACUAUUUUGUAAACUCAGCAUAUUUGUACAUAGUUAUUUAUUUAUGGAAAUAGAACACAGGCAAAAUCCUUGCUUAUGACAUCACAGGUAGAAAAUAAACAAAUAAUAGCUCAUACUUGUGUGAUGCAUCUGUUCAAAAUGCCUCUUUUUUGUCAUUAUAAAGCCCACUGGUGGGCUUCCAUCAAUGCAAAUACCAAGUAUCUCUCCACACCCCAAAAUUAGCUCCAUCUGUACAUGGCAUCAUCUCUGACUUUCAGCGAUCUCUCUAGAAGUCAUUUUAUU